AUAAAUAUUUUUAUUCCAAAACUCAAUGUUUGUUAAACCACUUCGGCGUUUAAUUUUUUAAGAGUAUCAAAGUGCCAAGGAACAAGUUCGUUUUCUGCCUGCAAUGCUUUUUCUAAUUGAGUUUUCAGUUUUAAAAUCGGACAUUAUUUGCAGUAACUGAAAUUGUCAGUGUUCCUGAUUCACAGAUUCUAUACACCAACAAGAAACUACUGGCCAAAACUACUUGUAUCUGUUAGAGUAAAGAAGCCUUUGGUACAGAAGUCACCAGCGAGUACGACAAUAAGCAUCAUGUCAGAGUCAGAUUUCAAUGAUUUACUCCACGCAGCGGAGCAACUGGCAGCUCAGGUUGAUGGCACAGGAGAGCUGCCAAAAGUGGAUAGGUCAUUACGGCAGGUUUUGGAUGCAUCUACAGAAUUGUGGUCCCGUGUUGCACAGAAUGGAGCACAGGACAUUCAGGCACACUUACUGUUGGGUUCAAAGGGUGUGAACUUGCCUAAAAUAACACAAAAGCUUGAAACUUUGAGUUCCAAAACAACAGCUGAACCAAUAGAAAUUGAUGAAGAACCAGAUAUACACACAUACCUUAAGAAUACUUUAGAAAAUGCAAUUUUAACGACAAUAGAGGAAAGUAACAAAGCUUGUGCUUACAACACUGAGAAGAUGAUGUGGGAAGACAUAGAGAAAAGAUGGAGGGAGGAAAAACAAAAACUUUUCAGCUCUUUGCUGUGUGCAUCAGAUGAAUAUUUGGAUUUCUCAGUAAGAGCAGAGAUGUCGGAUGUAAAUGAGUCAUUACUUACGGGCUCGAAAAGUUUAUUGGAUCAUCUGGAAAUGGCUUAUGCAAAAGUGGUCUCAGAGUAUAACAAGAAUGUGGUACAAGAUGUGGUGCAACUGCCAUUGCUGUCAAGGUUCUUGGAGAUGCCUGAAAUUCAGUCAGAUAAGACUGCAAAAGAAAUUUGGGAAAUGGUGAACCACAUGACUCACAUUAUACCACAAGUGACAGAUGGGCCUCUGCAUUCGCGAUCAAGUGCAACAUUCCAGCAGACCCUUAUCACUCAAGCCAAGAGGCACCUAGAAGAAAGAUACAGAUUGUUUCUGACAUCCAUGGUGGAGGCAAAUCUGGCACAAGCCCGAAGGGGAGCAAUUCCAGGAACAUAUCCACUUGUCACAAGCUUUUUAAGAGUGCAUAUGAAUAUUAAUAUAUAUGCUGAAGAAAUUGAAAUUGUUGAUGGAUUCCCUGUUUGGGCGGUUGUCUACAAUUGCAUUCGCUGUGGUGAUCUUGCUGCAGCUUUGCACUGUGUCAAGAAAAGCCCAGCACUAGAGGAAUUCUGCUCUAUUCUGGAAGAAGUGAUUAGAACACCAGAAGGAAGACGCAGUAGCAGAGUUGACUCCUACUUCAGAUUCAAUUAUCAGCGACAAAUUAAAAAGAGUCCAGACUUUUAUAAAAAGGCCGUUUUUGGAAUACUUGGAGCAUGUGAUAUUUCGGAGGAACAUUCAGAAGUUAUUAAAACAGCAGAUGACUAUUUAUGGAUGAAAUUGUCUCAGAUAUGUAAUAGUGCAGAUGGGACAAAAUUUUCUUAUCCUGAACUACAAUCUUUGAUUUUGGAAGAACAAGGUGAAAGUCAUUAUAAUGCCUCUGAACAGCCAAUGCUCUACUUCAGUAUGUUAUUCCUUACUGGACAGUUUGAGGCAGCUAUUGAAUUCCUUACUCGAACAGAUAAGCUGAAGGUGCAUGCAGUUCACAUCGCCCUUGUUCUUAAUGAACAAAGUAUACUUGCUGCUCCGCCAAGUAUACAGACACCAUUGUUGUCAGUAGAACCGGAUGAUGAUCCACCUGCAAGAAGGUUAAAUUUAGCGCGGCUAAUAAUGCUUUAUGUCCGAAAGUUUGAAGCUACAAAUCCGUUGGAGGCUCUCCAGUACUACUACUUUUUGAGAAAUAUGAAGAAUGCAGAUGGCAAGAAUCUCUUCAUGUUGUGCGUUAGUGAUCUGGUCAUGGAAGCAAGAAAUUUCGAUGAAGUUUUGGGCUACCUGGAGUCUGAUGGUUGUCGGAAACCUGGUUACAUAGAUUCCUUCCACGGAGUUCAGUUUCAACAAAAUAUUGGAACAGACUGCUUAAAGAUGGAUGUAAAGGAUGUAAUAGAAAUGGUCGCAGCAGAGGCUGAGAGGAAAGGCUUGUUUGAAGAAGCCAUAAAAUUGUACGAUUUAGCAGCUAAUCAAGAGAAAGUAUUAAGCCUCAUGUCAUCACUGUUAAGUCAAGUGGUUCAUAAAGUUAAGAAACCAAAUUCACUGAGAAGCAGGUUACAAGAAUACGCAUAUAGUAUAACAAAUCGCUAUGCAGGACAACCAUUUUCCUGUGCUUCUGAUACUAUAUCAACAUUUAUUGUAUUAAGGGAUCUUCUGACAUUUUUUGACCAAUAUCAUGCACAAGAACAUCAACAAGCUUUAGAGACUAUAUCACGGUCAAAAUUGAUUCCAUUGAGCAUUGAAGAAGUGGAAGAACGAGUUACUGCCUUCAAACGUCUAGGAGAUGAGAUCAGUCGAACCAUACCAAAUGUGCUCUUGGCAACAAUGAAUAUCUUACACAGCUUAUACAUCAAAGCAAAAGGUGGUGAUGGCAUCAGUAGUCCAGGUGUGAAGAGGCUUGAAGACAGUGUGAGAGAUAAGCAACUGUCGUAUCUGAGAGAGAAAGCUCGAGCCAUAACAAGUUUUGCAGGAUCGGUGCCAUACCAUAUGCCUGGUGACACAAACAGUAGACUUGUACAGACUGAAAUUCUCAUGCAUUAAUAAAUGUAUGGAAGUAAAUAUAAAGCAUGCUGUCAGGAAAUCCUUGUAAUUUCAUUUAUUUGCCAAAUACACUGCCAUACUGUAUAUGUAAUAUUUAUUAUUUUAAUAAAAUUGAUGAAUUUUCA